UCCUUGAUUCAGAUUCAACACAUCCUCUCCUAUCCCCCUUCUCUCUAGGCACUACGUUGCGCCCACCUCCAAAUCCUGCGUUGCUGCCUCACCUCCGCAGCCUCGUUUUCGCUUGCCGCCUGGCCGACCGUACUCGCCGACGACCCGAAGUAAGCAUUAUGCGAUGCAACCUAGAUCUCAAUGCCAUCCGUUUCGCCAGUUGGUGUGCCAUCCUGUAAAUUGACGGAUUUCCCUCAUCCUGUCGUCUUCGUGAUGCCAAAGGAAGUCGUGGUUAGGAGCAUAUACAUGAUCUGAUGUCUGAUGAGUUCGUUUCUGUUGGUCGGUCGCACUAAGGAUGGAUACAUGAUAUUCUUGACUUGCCCUGGCUUAUCUCUCAAGUUAGCACCUGUCUCAGCUUCUCACGGUGUCUGAUAGGUCCUUAGGAUUAUAGAUCCUGAAGAUAAGUUCAGAUCCUAGAUUGGGGAUGUCCACAUGUGUACUACCUGAUGAGCUGGUAGUAGACAUCCUGUCUCGACUGCCGCUAAAGUCCUUGUGCCGCAUCAAAUGUGUCUGCAAGUCUUGGCUUGCCCUCUCAUCUCAUCCAUACUAUCGGCAAAAGCUCCCAAGAACUCCCGCUGGCCUCUUGUACCAGAAAUUUGAGCGUGGCAGAGUUGCCUCCCCUCUUGGCAGUGCCAUCCAUCUCGCCAGACUGCCCUCAGGUGACAAGGAAAUUGACACAACACUUAGCUUUGUGCCAUGUUAUAAGUACCCAAUACAGCUUCGGGGUUGCUGCAAUGGCCUACUUCUUUGUUAUCAGAAAAUUAGAAGUGAAGAAAUUUCCAAUGCUAUUGUGUGCAAUCCAGCAACUCAAGAGUGGAUGGCACUUCCAGAUACUGAACCUGGCCCGGCCCGCUCCAAUAUUGCAUUUGAGUUGUGUUUCGAUCCAUUAUGGUCUGAACACUUCUAUGUCUUCAAAUUCCAGUCUAUCGAGGUCAUGAGCUGUAUCAACACUGAAGUUAAGGUAUUUUUCUCUAAGGAUUCCACAUGGUCUAGCUGUCUUUGGAAAACUAGAGAUCCAUUUGAAGGUGAUUCUCUCUUUGUAAAUGGGGUGUUGUAUCUGAAGCACUUCAUCUUGAAUAAAAUCCUGGCGCUAGACGCACCUGACAGAUGUACACAAGGGCUCAACCAUAGGUUCAUUCAGCUGCCAGGAUAUCCAGAUAGGACGGACAUAUUUUGCUGUUAUAACGGCCGUCUUAGCCAGUCCUCAGGCGUCUUGUGCUAUGCGAAACAAGAAUUAGAUGGCUGUGCGAUACGGAUUUGGAGUUUGGAAGGCCCCGACAGGUGGGUAGUGAAGCAUCGUCUGAGUAUGGUCGAUGUAUUUGGGAGGGACAUGUUACUCCGCACUCACAGUGAUGGAUAUUGGCAUUUCGAUUAUGACAUCAGGACUGUUAACCUGGAGAGGGAGCUGGUUAUCCUUGAUGACGAAAUUGCUGAUAAGAUCAUCUCGGUUAGCAUCAGCACUGGAAAAGGCUCACGGUUUCAAAAGAUUCCAAGAAGAUUCACUAAACUAUAUCUCAGUCUAUUCUAUGUGCCGUACUAUGGCAAGGUUCCAGCUUUGGCCCGUUAAAGGUGUGAGGAUGAAUUAUGUUAUGCUGUACCUAUUAGGCUAUCAGCUCUGUAGUUAGUAAGCAUCUUUUGUGCAUUAGGUGCACCAAACUGCUGUUAUGUGAUGUACUAGAUUGUUGGCUAUGUGUGCCAUUCGUGUGAAUGGUAUGUAGUACUUGCCUUAUCGGCCGAUCAACUAGUAUCGAACUUAUGCUCGCUUAAUUUGGAAAUCUACAGAGUAAGUA